CUGAGGAAAACGUGGUGGGGGCAUGCGCGGUUGGGAAGACGGCGAUGCUGUCCGUUGCCGCCUGAGAAGCUCGCGCAAGUAGACGGGGCAUGGACGCCUGGAUCUGAGGGGGCGAGCGAGGGAAGAGGCGGCCGGGCGUGUGAUCUGGUCGUUGCGAACAACGCUACCCCGGGGAACGGGAGGAGGGUGGGAAAGGAGGCGAGCGUGGGGGAAGGCAAGGUGGCACUCGGGCUGGUGCGUGGAGCAUUCUGGGAGACAGAGUCCGGCCGGGGAGGGGGAAGUCAGCGAGUGCGUAUGCUUGUGAGCGCGGAGCGGCCCGCUGAGCUUGGAGGGUUGCAGGUUGGCCUGGAACCUUGAGGAUCGGAAUUUUGACCCACGGGAUCCGGCGGCCUUGGAAGUCGAAUCUACUCAAAUAAUAAACUCAGAUUUCUUCACAAAGUCCGCACAUUACUCCCAGCUGCAAAGGGAGCAGCAAUGGCGAGGGAAGGGGGGGCAGCCCCACUUACGGGGGACGGUAAAGAUGGGGAAACAGGUUCACAGAAACUAGCCAAGGUUAUGUAGCAAAUAGGCAAGAUCAGAAUCUCCAAUCUUGCUUGCAGGCAUCUGGUCCAGUUGUCUUGGGGCCUUUGUGGGCCCCCUGUUAAGAUCCCAUCACCUCCUAACCCUGCCUAAAUCAGGGAGCUUAAGUGAUGGUGGGGCAUUACAUGGUGUGAUAACUUGGGUCGGUUCAGAGGAUGGGACUGAAUGGAGGGAGAGGGGGAUGCUGCCUGGAAGUGUGGCCACAGAGUUGACCUUGUCCAUAUAUGGGAGUGGGAAAGGCUGCCGUGUGGAACCAAGCUGAGAAGAGAAUGGUCAAGAGAGACUAGAUGGGAGAGUGGGUGGUGCAAUGAUGGGGUGGUGUUCUGGGUGGUGUGGGGGGAGGGGGGCUGGAGUGUUUCUUAUGGCCAUGUGGUGAAUACUGCAGAUGUCAUUUACUUGGCAGUGGGAGAUCCACACAUCAGGGAUGGCGUGGUGCAUGUAGAAGGGCAGGGGUGGGGGGGGUGCCUUCAUACCCCUAAGAAGCACCCUGUGUUUGGAACAGGGGAAUGCCAGAGACUGUGUAUAAGUCCCAGCUAGAGACCAGAGACACAGGCCUGGCAUGUGACCACCUCUCUGUGCCUCAGUUUUCAUAUCUGCCUUCCAUUCAGUACAGGUCUGAGGAUGGAACAACGAAACAUAAAGUAGUCGCUCAAUAAGCAUUUAUUGCCACUGUUUGUCCUCGCAGUAGCCUCAUCCUCUUCCUCUCCUAGGGGAAGACAUUAUCCUCGGAGCCCCAGCCCAGUCUUUCCAAUGAGGCCUGCAGCACUGGGCUCCCCAGGUCACACAGCCCUGGAAGAUGAGGGGCCUGUCAUGGUGAAGUUGGAGGACUCUGAGGAGGAGGGCGAGGCUGCCCCAUGGGAUCCGGGCCCAGAGGCUGCACGCCAGCGUUUUCGACACUUCCACUAUGAGGAGGCACUGGGUCCCCAAGAGGCCCUGGCCCAACUCCGGGAGCUGUGCCGCCAGUGGCUGCAGCCCGAGGUGCACUCCAAGGAGCAGAUGCUGGAGCUGCUGGUGCUGGAGCAGUUCCUGUGUGCACUGCCCCCCGAGAUCCAGGCCCAUGUGGAGGGACAGCGGCCAGGCAACCCUGAGGAGGCAGCUGCCCUAGUCGAGGGGCUACGCCAAGAGCCAGAAGGCCCCCGGAGAUGGGUCACAGUCCAAGUGCAGGGUCAGGAGGUGCUAUCAGAGAAGAUGGAGCCCUCCAACUUGCAGCCCCUCCUUCAAACCAAGCCUCAGACUCCAGAACAUGGGCCUAGGACACCAUCUGAAGCUACGCAGGAGUUACCAUUGGGCCUUCGGGUGAAAGAGGAACCCACGGUUACAGAUGACCCAGAGCUUCUGGAUUCUGGGCCUCUAGCCAAUCCCCAGGAGGCCACCUCCACUUUCCUGCCUGAAGAGACCCAGGGCUGUGAAAUAGUGCUGGACCAGGCCUCUCCUCACAGUGAAACUGGACUUGAGGGGCCUUCAUGGAGGGAACAUCCUGGGGUCCUGUGGCAGGAGGAAGCUGGAGGCAUCUUCCCUCCAGGGUUUGCUCUCCACAAGGACAGCGUCUCUGCUGGCCCAGGCACUGUGAGCCUCCACAUCCCGUGGGACCUCGGCAUGGCCAGCCUCACAGACCAACUCCGGUCGCCCUCCCAUGAAAGUGGCUUCUCACAUGCACUUGUGCUCCCCAGUGGCCCCGGAGGUGAGCAGAACCCCACAAACGAGGGUCCUCACCAGCUCCUGGGCCCCAUACUGGCCACUGGCCACUGGCGUACACCCAGGACGGAAGGCCAGGGACGGGGUCGCCCCAGCACAGGCCCCCGGGUGGGGCGGGGUGGCUGCUGCGACGUGUGUGGGAAGGUGUUCAGCCAACGCAGCAACCUACUGAGGCACCAGAAGAUACACACAGGAGAGCGGCCAUUCGUGUGCAGCGAGUGCGGCCGAAGCUUCAGCAGAAGCUCGCACCUUCUGCGUCAUCAACUAACGCACACUGAGGAGUGGCCGUUUGUAUGCGGCGACUGUGGUCAGGGCUUCGUGCGCAGCGUGCGCCUGGAGGAGCACCGGCGAGUGCACACGGGCGAGCAGCCCUUCCACUGCGCUGAGUGCGGCCAGAGCUUCCGGCAGCGCUCCAACCUGCUGCAGCACCAGCGCAUCCAUGGCGACCCCCCUGGCCCGGGCGCUGCGCCCCCCACGCCUCCCGGUGCCCCGGAGCCCCCAGGCCCCUUCCCCUGCAGCGAGUGCCGUGAGAGCUUCGCGCGGCGAGCCAUGCUCCUGGAACACCAGGCAGUGCACACGGGCGACAAAUCCUUUGGCUGCGUGGAGUGUGGGGAGCGUUUUGGCCGCCGCUCUGUGCUGCUGCAGCACCGGCGAGUUCACAGUGGAGAGCGGCCCUUUGCCUGUGCAGAGUGCGGCCAGAGCUUCCGCCAGCGCUCCAACCUCACGCAGCACCGGCGCAUCCACACGGGCGAGCGGCCCUUCGCCUGUGCGGAGUGCGGCAAGGCCUUCCGCCAGCGGCCCACGCUCACGCAGCACCUGCGCGUGCACACCGGCGAGAAGCCCUUCGCCUGUCCAGAGUGUGGCCAGCGCUUCAGCCAGCGUCUGAAGCUCACGCGCCACCAGCGGACGCACACUGGGGAGAAACCCUACCACUGCACCGAGUGUGGCCUGGGCUUCACGCAGGUGUCACGGCUCACUGAGCACCAGCGGAUCCAUACCGGGGAGCGGCCCUUCGCCUGCCCUGACUGUGGCCAGAGCUUCCGGCAGCACGCCAACCUCACGCAGCACCGGCGCAUCCACACGGGUGAGCGGCCCUACGCAUGCCCGGAGUGCGGCAAGGCCUUCCGCCAGCGGCCCACGCUGACGCAGCACCUGCGCACCCACCGGCGGGAGAAGCCCUUUGCCUGCCAGGAUUGCGGCCGCCGCUUCCACCAGAGCACCAAGCUCAUCCAGCACCAGCGCAUCCACAGUGCGGAGUAACGGCACUCAAUAUACCCCUUCUCUAUGUCUCCGCUUCUGGCCUCUGGUUGCGGGGGAGGGUCUUCGCUCCGAACACUAACCUCACAGUGUUGCUGUGAGGCCUCUGAUCAAGUCUGGGUACAGACGGGCCCACUCAGAACCUGGCGCCCAGUAGGUGCUCAAUAAAUAGAUGGACCGUG